GACCUUCCCCGCCUCCCUCCCCGGGCAAGCUUCCUAAAGCAAGCGAACGAACCCAGCCGGCGUCUGUCGCGAUGGAAGCGGUCACUUCUUCAGAUAACUACUCAGCUCUGGAAAAUGAGCAUCCUCAAGGAAGCUACUGGAAGAUGUGCUCCACCAAAACAAGGGAGUAAUCAAAAAAGAUGAAAACAUGGGAUACAGGACACAGGAGUGCCAGUACAGGAGAGACGUGAAAGGGCUGGCUCCCCUGGAUGGUGAUGAAGGAAGAUCUAAGGAUGACAGCAGUGCACACCAGGCACACCAGCCCAGAUCUGAGCAGAGACUCCAGAAUCCAACAAUAGCGUGUAUACUUCCUUCAUGAAGUCUCAUCGCUGCUAUGACCUGAUUCCCACAAGCUCAAAAUUGGUUGUAUUUGAUACUUCCCUUCAGGUGAAGAAAGCUUUCUUUGCUUUGGUGACUAAUGGUGUCCGAGCUGCGCCUUUGUGGGAUAGUAAGAAGCAAAGUUUUGUGGGCAUGCUGACCAUCACUGAUUUCAUCAAUAUUCUGCACCGCUACUAUAAAUCAGCCCUGGUUCAGAUCUAUGAGCUAGAAGAACACAAGAUAGAAACUUGGAGAGAGGUGUACCUACAGGACUCCUUUAAACCACUUGUCUGCAUUUCUCCUAAUGCCAGCUUGUUUGAUGCUGUCUCUUCAUUAAUUCGAAACAAGAUCCACAGGCUGCCAGUUAUUGACCCGGAAUCAGGCAACACCUUGUACAUCCUUACCCACAAGCGCAUCCUCAAAUUCCUCAAGUUGUUUAUCACUGAGUUCCCCAAGCCAGAGUUCAUGUCUAAGUCUCUGGAAGAGCUACAGAUUGGCACCUAUGCUAACAUUGCUAUGGUCCGCACUACUACCCCCGUCUACGUGGCUCUGGGCAUCUUUGUACAGCACCGAGUCUCAGCCCUGCCAGUGGUGGAUGAGAAAGGGCGUGUGGUGGACAUCUACUCCAAGUUUGAUGUUAUCAAUCUGGCAGCAGAGAAGACCUACAACAAUCUAGAUGUGUCAGUGACCAAAGCCCUGCAACAUCGAUCGCAUCACUUUGAGGGUGUCCUCAAGUGCUACCUGCAUGAGACUCUGGAAACCAUCAUCAACAGGCUGGUAGAAGCAGAGGUUCACCGGCUUGUAGUGGUGGAUGAGAAUGAUGUGGUCAAGGGAAUUGUAUCACUGUCUGACAUCUUGCAGGCCCUGGUGCUCACAGGCGGAGAGAAGCCCUGAGCCGGGGGAAGGGGUCAUGCAGCACCAGGGGUUAUGCCCCACUCACUGCCUGCCCAAAGCUCUGGGAACCAGAGACGAGAACUUUAGAGAAUUGGGACUCUGUUCCCUGCCCGGGAGCUCCCUACCCUUCUACAUGGGAGUGAGGGAAGGUGUGGGGGAGGAAGGAGAAUGGAUUUUUAGCUGUCCUUAUCCUCACCCUUGAGGAAAUCUUUCAGCCUGGUCCCUGCCCACUUAGACAUAGCCCCCUUUCUGUGCUUCUCAGGCAAAUUCUGAUCUCUGAGAGAUCCCCAGACCUCACCCAGCCUUUGCCUCUAUCUCUGUCCCUGACUCCACCCUAAGAUAAUGGACACAACAAAACUCUUCAUAAAGAUAUUUUUAUUCAUCCUGUUUCAUGCUGUAUGGAGGAGGCUGAGUCCAUUUAAUGGCAUUUCUUCCCAUAAUGGGAGUGGGGAGGAUCAUGGGGAGGAGGGCCUUUGGGUUCCUGUGCUGUAUGCAUAUGAAGGGAGAUGAGACUCAGGUGGAGGGGGAGGGCAGAGCGGUUAGCUGAGGUUAUUGCUUUUUGUGGCAAACCUAAUUAAAAUGACAGGAGCCUCUUCA